AUGUAGUCUUUAUUUUACUGAAAUUUUGAACCCAUAUGGAUUUCAAUAAAAUUAUUUACGUUACAAUUUUAUUGUUAUUUUUUUCAAUUGGAAAUAUAUGCGAUGUUGUUGGAGAGUGUAAUAAAUAUGAAAUAAAAAUGGAAAUGGAAAAUGGAACUUUUACAGAAACUACAAACAAUUUACUUGCAGUGUCAUUAGAAUAUGAAUCCGGCGAAAAAAAAUAUUUUACUUGUCUUGUAAAGUGUAAACAAACUGAUAAAAUGUGUUAUGCAAUGUUAGCAGCACAUGUAAUUGACAGUGAUGUGACAGACAUCAGGUUAGUUUAUAAGAUUGAAAAUGGUAAAAAUGUGGGUGUACCAAUUGAUCUUGAAACUGAUGUUAUAUUUCAUCCGGAGUAUGAUCCAGAUACACACAUUGGAGAUAUUGUUUUACUUAAAAUAACCAAAGAUUAUUCAAAUAUAACGUUAAGUAUAAAAUCGAGUUCUCCAUUUAAUUUUUGUCCUACAUUAUACGAACUUUAUCCUAAUUCCACUGUAUCUUAUUCUUUUGUAUCUCGUAAAUUAUCUCUGCAAAAAGAGGUUUAUGAUAGCUGUUCAAAUGUAAAGACAUCUUUGGAUUCUUUUGAGAUGGUUAAAUAUAUACCUACGGAUUUUUAUGUUAAUGGAAAAGAAACUAAGAAUCAAAAACAAGAAAAAAAUUCUAAAAAACGUGAAACUAAAUAUGAGCAUUUGUUUUUCAAUAUCACACCAGCAGAAGGAGUAUUAGCAGAAACUGGAUUUUUACUUUGUGAUAAUUGCAUAGCCGGUUUAUAUGGAUUUAAUAAUACAGAAGACAAGUGUCUCCAAUAUACACAUCUAUAUUACUAUUCACCAUGGAUUACAUAUAUUUUUGAUAGAAAAGAACCUAAUAAAACAAAACAUGGUCUUCGUUUUCAUAAGUGGACCAAAAAACCAAUAACACUUAGUACAAAGACAGGACCAACAUUUGCAACUGAACGUGAAAAAUCUGAAAUGUACUACGAAGAUAUUAACGCGUAUAGAGAUGUGCAGUUUGUAAAAAACCCUUGUAGUCAUGCAUCUACAAUUUUUUUUUUGGAGUUUAAAGUUAAUAUGUCAACAUUUUUGUUGGUGAUUUUCAUGUGUCUCUUUAUAUAUUUAAUAUUUUAAUUUGUAUAAUUUUAAUUAUGUCUGUAAUUAUAUUUAACUAUAAUUACAUACAUGCACUGGAAGUUUUUAACACGUACAAUAUGAGGGAAAAUGUUGACAAAUAGAAAUAAAAAU